AAUGAAGAUGUGAUGUUAUAAUAAACUUAAAUACGAUAGCUAGGUUGCUGCCAAUGUGCCCACUUGGUAGAGGCUACCAAGCUUUUCUUAUAUUGGAGGUCUCAAGUUCUAAUCCAAGCGUUGACGAUUUCGUGAUACUAACUUCUAAUCACUAAUUAAAUAAAAAAAAUUAAAAGAAAAAAGAUAACUAGGUUGCUAUAUUUUCUUGCAUAAGCAACUAAAAAUAGAAAUUAAAGGCAUCAUCGUAAUUUUUACUACAUGAACUCCAAAACACAUAUAGGUGAAUAUUUGUUAACCCAACAGGUGAUCUAACUUUCUCCCCUCAUAAAAAUGCCUUUAUAAAGGUACUUAUGAUAUAAGGUAUGCCAUUUUCCGUGCUAAGAUGUGUUCUUUGUUGCCACAUGUUUUUUCUAAACUGCAAAACACAGAAAUUGGGCUUUGAAGCAUCAUUGAGCACUAGAUUACACACAUUCCAUAUUAAGGGUACCAUAAAGUGAGAGCCUUUUCCCAAAUAUCCCAUCAAAUGCAUGCAUUUUCUUUUCUACAAGUAAUCACUCAACCACUUUCUUCUUCACAUAUAUAUCAUCAUUUCUUCAACACACACAAUUGUCUACAUCCCUCAGCUCGUCAAUACAUAUUAUAAGGCACAAAAGAGAAGAAUGGUGCAAGAGCUACUACCGUUGUUGAUCAUGGUACUUGUGCAGUUUGAAUUUGCAGGUAUGAACAUCCUCUCAAAGCUUGCAUUGGAUUCUGGCAUGAAUCCUUACAUCCAUGUUGCCUACCGUCAGAUGUUUGCUUCAGUCACCCUUGGCCCUUUGGCAUAUUUCAUCGAAAGAGGGAAAAGACCUCGAAUGACUUGGUCAAUUUUUAUCCAAGUUUUCUUCUGUUCGGUUUUUGGGUUGACAGCGAACCAAAUCACAUACUUUGUUGGUUUAAAGAACUCAACGCCAACCAUUGCAUGUGCGUUAUCAAAUCUCCUUCCAGCAAUCACUUUUGUCCUUGCCGUCAUCUUCAAGCAAGAAAAUGCAAAGUUAAAGACAUUGGCUGGACAAGCAAAGUUGAUGGGAACAUUAAUCGGGGUGGGGGGUGCCAUGCUCUUGUCUAUGUACCAUGGACCUAUUGUACCAAUUAGUGAAUCAGGCAUUGACGUAAACAUUAUGAAGAAUCAGAUCACCAAAGAUUCGAAUGGGGAUACUCAAGGGAAUCUCAUUGGUCCAAUUUUAAUCAUCAUCAGUGCUUUCACUUGGGCUAUUUGGUUCAUUAUCCAAGCAAGAAUGGGCAACAUUUAUCCAGCACCCUAUUCGAGCUCAGCGUUGAUGAUGGCAUUGGCCACAUUUGAAUGCUCAGUAUUUGGUCUAAUCAUGGAGCCGCACUUGCAUGAAUGGUCUCUGGUUCCAGCCAUCAGGGCCAUCUCAUGUAUUUACUCGGGAGUUGUAUGUUCCGGAAUAGGCGUUUGCAUGAUGUCAUGGUGCAUCGAUAAAAAAGGCCCCUUCUUUGUUUCUGUGUUUAGCCCCUUAUUGUUGGUUAUCGUUGCAGCACUCAGCUGGGCACUUCUGCGUGAGAAGUUAUACCUUGGAACGCUGCUAGGGUCACUGCUGAUCGUGUUGGGACUGUAUUGUGUGUUGUGGGGAAAGACCAAGGAAAUGGAGUUUGUGCAAAAGGAAGAAGAGUCACAAGACACAAAGGAGGAUAUGGAAAUGCAGUAAUCAUAUAUUAAACUUUGAAAUAAAAAUAUAUUAAAAUGAAAAAUGGUUUCAAUUUCUAGUUA